CAGGCUAGCUCGGCGCUAGCAGCUCUUCAGUGUAAUUAGUUGAGACGCACCGGCUCCAUCACGUCCCGGUGCCGUUAGACCGAACCGAGCCUCCUGAGAUCCCGCACAGAGCCCGCACACACCGCAGCAACACGCAGCAGCAGCAGCGACCACACGACUGAAGAUGAUUAAACUGUUUUCACUGAAGCAGCAGAAGAAAGACGAGGAAUCUGCUGGAGGAAACCGAACAGGAGCCGGGGGGAAAAAAGCCAGCGCGGCCCAGCUCCGGAUACAGAAAGACAUCAAUGAGUUGAACCUGCCAAAGACGUGUGAGAUCAACUUCCCUGAUGACGAUGACCUGCUCAACUUCAGACUCAUCAUCUCACCAGACGAGGGUUUUUACAAAGGAGGAAAGUUUGUCUUCAGCUUUAAGGUAGGACAGGGUUAUCCUCAUGACCCCCCCAAGGUAAAGUGUGAGACGAUGGUGUAUCACCCCAACAUUGACCUGGAAGGAAACGUCUGCCUAAAUAUCUUAAGAGAGGACUGGAAGCCUGUGUUGACAGUAAACUCCAUCAUCUACGGUCUACAGUAUCUAUUUCUAGAGCCGAACCCUGAGGAUCCGUUGAACAAGGAGGCGGCGGAGGUUCUGCAGACGAACCGGCGGCUCUUUGAGCAGAAUGUCCAUCGCUCUCUGAGGGGUGGCUACGUUGGCGCCACCUACUUCGAGAGGUGUCUUAAAUAACUCGGCGUCCCACCAACCCCCAGACUCCCCCCACUCCUCCCCCUCCUCCGUCCUGCUCGUUGGCAGAAGCUGCUGAGACAGGAAGCCGCUCAUCAGAAGACGACAGACCCAUCCCCACACACACCCCACCUGCUCACACUUAGCCCCCACCCCCCAGUUCUCCCUGUUUUAUUUCUGAGACGCAGAAUUCAACCGUUUACACGCCACAGGGGGGCGCUGACACACACCUGACUGGACUCAAAAAGAUGGCUGAUGAUGAUGAUGAUGAUGAUGAUGGGGGGGGUAGUUGCUCAGGUGAGACAAUGAUUCGGUGAACGCCACAACGCCUCUGAUACCCACAUGGUUUUUAUUUUUUUUAUUUUAUGUGCGUGGUGGAAACACCUGAGUUUAUCAGGUGGUCAGAAGGACACGCCCACCUCGUUUUUGCUGUCAUUUAUUCGCUCCUCACAUCAGUCGUCAGCAAACUCCAAACUGAUCAGGUUGUCAUCAGGGAGCAGGGCUACUGACGUUAAGGCAACGUGAUGACAGGAUGGUGGUCACCGUGAAAACACUCCCGUCAGGCAGCCAUUGUUUUGUCAGUAGAAACUCAAAGUCGACAGUUUCCUGCUGGUCAUGAGUCAACGGCAGGAGGCUGGGGGGGGGGGCGCUUGAUUGGGAGGUCUUUGCUACGAGCCUUCAAUAAAAAAAGAAUUAUAUAAAAAGUAAUCAUGCCUGCCGCUGAUCACAUGACACCAGAUCAGCUACAGGUCGGACUGGUGGCCCCAAAUGACAGCGUUAGCAACGUGAAGAUUGAUUGGUUUGGAGUUUGCUGCUACACACACAUAGUAUUAGGGGCGGAGCUAAGUGGCUCCGCUGUCAUGGGGGUGGGACGAUCCGUGUGUUUUAAAGGAGCAGGGGGGGGGGGGGGAUAAAUGUUGGUGGGGGUUAUAGCAGGGCUUAAAAUGUUUGACUCUAUUGUGUAUAUUGAAACCCAGCUGUUCACAUUGACUGCAAUAUGAUUUAUGUUAAAUAAAAUAUGAACUUGAAAGAUUAGAAA